GUUAAUAGGCUGUAAGGCGAUAAACUUACCUAUCUGCAGCAAACACAGGGAAGUCCAAGUUCUCCAGCUCCUGAACCCUCCUUCAUCACUUCAUUCUUCCCCUUUCCUGCUAGUUAGCUGGUUUUCCCUUCACCCACCCGCAAAAUUUGAAGUGUCCUACCCUUUUAGCUGCCUGUUCAGCUUCAGUAUUACUCCUCCGAUGUUUCUCUGACAUUCUGGUAUCAAUUUUCUACUCAGCACAUUGUAGUAAAUGGUGUUCUUGCACAUUAAAUGCAGAGAUUGCUCCGAGUUAAUGCUAUGAUUUUGGGUCUGUUGUCAUUGGUUUGGAAUUUUGAAUUUUUGGCAAAUUUUGGCGGAAUGAACUCUCACCAAGGAGAGAUGACCCCUUUUUCAAGAGAGAGAAAACCUCUACCUACGAGAAAGGAAGUUGUCUUUUUUUUUUUUUUCCGUUUUAACAACCAAUAACCAACUUGCCUAACUUUUAGUUGAUACAAUUACCGCUACGCCCAAGUCCCAACUCGCUCUAAUAACAAAAACGAUUAGGGAGAAUUGGUAGUUUUGGUUUUGGCGGACAUUUCCAUGCUGACAGUUUCUUCUUCUUUCUUCUUGGCUGGCUGCCUCUGGUGCUGAAGCUUCAGCUCGCUCUGGUCUUUCUUCAACCUCCAUAGUCCUAAUCUACACAGGCAAGACAAUUACUCCUCAAUCUAUGAACUAAGUAUGGGUUUUACUCUUUAUGCUUUUUCCAAUUCUUAAGCUUCCCACUGCAGAAUAUGAUGAUUGUCACCAAAACGAUUAGAUUCUGAUUAUUCUUGGCAAUUAUAGCCUUGAUUUUGCUCUUCACAUUUUCCAUCACUGGUUCAGAUUGUUAGUUUAAAGAUUGAGAUGGAUAUGUGGGUUGGGGUGGAUCAGAUACGUAGUCGGACUAAACUUUCCUAUCCAGUGAUAGAGCCCACGAUAUUGUUUGGAGAAAAGGAGAGUUUUUGGCUGUCUAAUCAGAAAAUAUGUUAUAACAGAAGCUCGUUUUCUCAGAAGAUUAGAUGUAGUUUUACAGAACAGGGAUUGAAACCACGUCCAAAACUUCAUAAUCCUGUUCCUAAACCUAUGAAAAAUAAGCAGAGUUGGGGGAAUGAACAUGCUGAAGUGAUGGUGGAUGGAAGUUUCAGCUCUGGAAUUUGUGGGAAGAUAGAGAAAUUGGUUUUGCAGGGGAAGUACCAUGAAGCUCUUGAAUUGUUUGAGAUCUUAGAAUGCAAAUCCAUUGAGGAUAAUCUACUGAAUAGCAGUACUUAUGAUGCUAUGGUGCGCGCUUGUAUUGGCUUGAAAUCUGUUAGGGGAGUCAAACGGGUGUUAAAUUGUAUGGUUAGCUGUGGGUUUAAGCCAGAUCAGUACUUGAGCAACAGGUUGUUGCUGAUGCAUGUGAAAUGUGGUAUGAUGAUAGAUGCCCGGAAGUUAUUCGAUGACAUGCCUGAAAGAAACCUGGUUUCAUGGAAUAUGAUAAUUGGGGGGCUUGUGGACUCUGGGGACUAUCUUGAGGCAUUUCGGUUGUUCUUCAUGAUGUGGGAGGAGUUUCCUGAUGCAGGGUCGCGCACAUUUGCAAUGAUGAUUCGAGCAUCUGCUGGUUUGCAGUUAAUCUCUCCAGGAAGACAAUUACACUCUUUGGCUUUAAAGAUGGAUGCUACAGAUGAUAUUUAUGUGUCUUGUGCUUUGAUUGACAUGUAUAGCAAAUGUGGUAACAUUGCAAAUGCGAGGCGUAUUUUUGAUGAAAUGCCAGAGAAAACUACAGUAGGGUGGAACAGUAUUAUGGCAGGCUAUGCAUUACAUGGUUAUAGCGAGGAAGUUAUGAACAUGUAUUAUGAAAUGCAAGGUUCGGGUGUAAAGAUGGACCAUUUCACAUUUUCAAUCAUUAUAAGAGCAUGUACGAGGUUGGCUUCGCUAGAGCAUGCCAAACAAGCUCAUGCAGGCCUAGUUCGUCAUGGUUUUGGGUUGGACAUUGUUGCUAAUACUGCGCUUAUGGACUUCUAUAGCAAAUGGGGCCGAUUAGAGGAUGCAAGAAAUGUUUUUGAGAAAAUGCCCCGAAAGAACGUUAUUUCUUGGAAUGCGCUGAUAGCUGGAUAUGGUAAUCAUGGUCGAGGAAUUGAGGCUGUUGAGCUAUUUGAGCGAAUGAUUUCUGAAGGGUUUGUUCCUAAUCAUGUGACAUUUCUUGCUGUUUUAUCCGCUUGUAGUUAUUCAGGGUUAUCAGACCAUGGCUGGAAAAUAUUUGAGUCAAUGAGUAAAGUUUACAAAAUAAAGCCUCGAGCAAUGCACUACGCGUGUAUGAUUGAGUUGCUAGGUCAAGAAGGACUUCUGGAUGAAGCUUUUUCAUUAAUAAGAGAUGCUCCAUUUGAGCCAACCUUGAAUAUGUGGGCUGCCUUGCUUACUGCCUGUAGGGUCCAUAAAAAUCUUGUGCUUGGGAAAUUUGCUGCCGAGAAACUUUAUGGGAUGGAGCCAGAAAAGCUGAGUAAUUACAUAGUUCUCUUGAAUAUCUACAAUAACUCUGGAAAGUUGCAGGAAGCAGCUGGCGUUGUACAAACUUUGAAGAAAAAGGGUCUGAGAAUGUUUCCUGCAUGCACUUGGAUAGACAUCAAAAAGCAGCCCUAUGUUUUCUUCUCUGGAGAUAAGUGGCACCACCAAACCAAUGAAAUCUAUGCAAAAUUAGACAAAAUGAUGCAAGAGAUCUCUGAACAUGGCUAUGUUCUCGAAAGCAAGUCGUUUCUUGCUGAUGUGGACAAUCAUGAAGAAGAAUUACGACUUCAUCAUAGUGAAAGGUUGGCAAUUUCCUUUGGUCUAAUCAACACAGUUGAUUUGACACCAUUGCAUCUUGUCCAGAGCCAUAGGAUCUGUUGUGAUUGUCAUAAUGCAAUCAAAUUGAUGAGUUUGGUUACAAAACGAGAAAUUGUCAUCAGGGAUGGCAGCAGAUUUCAUCGAUUUAAAAGUGGGACUUGUUCCUGUGGUGAUUACUGGUGAUGUGAUAUGUGGAUACAAAAACAGUUUAACCUUCUUGUCCUGAGCCGUUGGAUCAUCAUGAUGUAAUUGAUGAGUUUGGUUGCAAGGCAAGAAAUUGUAGUGGAGGGAUGCCAGAGAUUUCGUAGAUUAAAAAAUGGGACUUUUUCCUGUGGUGUGAUUACUGGUGAUGCAAGAAUUUUUCUACCUUCAACAUUCUAUGCUCCCCUUUUUUGUCCUCAUUUUUCUACACCUUCUGACAAAACAAAGUGUUGCUUCUUACAAUAUAAACUGAAUAUUUGCCUAGUAGAUCUUUAUGUGCGGUUGCACACCAAGCAGGGCUGAUAUAUGAAGUGACUUAAACUGGAUUGCAGGGGACCUUUAAUUACUUUCAGCUGUUAGACCCACAAACUUAAUACACAAAAAUGUGAAUUAGUAUGGGUUGUAGGCUUUUCAACAUAAAUAGGAGAAGCGUGAAAGGAAUUCAACCACAAUCUUUCGUUGUCAGCCAAGCAUGUGCGGUGCUCAUGGCUCCCCUUUUUUCGCUCAUUUGUCGAUGCUGAUGAUUAUUAACGCAUUCAAUACCAUUUGGCUUUCUCCCAAUAGUAAAGUAAGUAUCCUCUGUACUUCUUCUUUGUUUUUUUUCCCCGCAUUUUCCUUCUUUUGUUUUUAUUCCCCUCUCUCAUCUGCACUAUGUUAAUGUAGUCUUGUUUGCUGGACAAUCUUUACUGGCUGAUAAUGCCUUUUUUGUCUGUCUAUUAUUAGUAAUAGUAUGUAUAUUAUUUGAUUUUGUUCGUCCAGGUGUAGGGAUACUAGUGAUAACCCUUUUUUUUUCCCUUUUGCAGUGCAAUUUUUGUAUGAACAGCUGGGUUAGAAAUUAGUGGACUGAGUGUCUUUGCCAUGUCAUUAAUCUAUUACCUUGUGCCCCCUUCUUUUAUUCUUUCUCUCAUUUUUUUGUGCAACCUCCAUGAACUGUGGGUUUUCUCUGUGUUUACAAUCAUUCUCUAUUCAGUAAUUUUCCUCAGUGCCUUAUUUAGUUCCUCAUGCUAUUUCCCAGUUAUGUCUUUCAUUUUAUUAUGGCCAGAAAUUUGUUUUCUGAUUUUGCAUCUGUUUGAGUUGGCCUGCAGGUGAUUUUCCGCUUGCGAGACUAAAUUGCUUUAUGCAGUGGAUCUUCUUUUUUGUUGCGAGUCACAUGGUUGGGGUUUGUCGAAGGGAAGUUGCGUGUGCCUAAGGUUCAUAGCUAUGCGUCUGGAUGGACAUUGCAGGUUCAAUUGAUUGAGAUGACACAUGUUGAGAAGACCUCUGGUGGCGAGUCACCAAAGAAAUUCCGGUGAUUUGUUUUUGAUGAUUUUCAGGUUGUUAAAGUUUCUGCACUUGCAAAUGCUGACAAUAUUGCUCAUUUUGAUGGCUUGCUUGUGUCCUUUAAGAAGUACUGCAUCUCAAAGUCUAUGGUUUAUGAAAUACCAGAUUCUCCUGAUGGUGAGACACAUCAUUUUUUUGGGUUCUAACUGACAAGACUGUUAUCCAGGAAGUUAAACAGGCUGAAACUCCAAAUCUACCGUACUAUUUUGAUCUGAGAUCAUGCAAUACCUUUCACUUUGUUGCUAAUACAGACAAUUUCUUAUGUAAAAUUCUUGUGGAUUUGUGCCUUUUUUUCCUUUUAUUUAAUUUGCUGAGAGCCUGUGAUUUACCUUGUUUGGUUUUGCUGCCCAAAGACGUCAUUGGAUUUGUCCUCUGUGCCUUGCCUCCAAGAGAGGUUUAUCGUGCAGGAGGUCCAACAGUUGCAAGAGACUACAUCAUUGUCGACUAUGAGCAUGUUGAAUGUGUGUCUUGCUUGAGUUGCUUGAUUAAGUUCUGAUAUGUUUCUCUAAUUGUCAUACUUGAUUGUGUUUUCAUCUAAUUAAAGUUCAAUUCCUUUUCUGUUUGCUUCUCCUGGUUGAUGUUCAUCUUCUGCUACAUUACGAGAAAAAAACUCAUAAUUUUUUUUUUUUUUAAAAAAAAAAACCCGGUAAGAUUGGAUGAUAGCAGAGAAAAUUAUUUGUGCCUGAUUUGAUUGAGAUUUCAUGAUAUAAGGAUUGGUUCUCUGUAGUUUAAUAAUUUUCUGCAGUAAUUGCAACUACAAGGUGAAAUGGAAACUGGAGAGUACGGUGAGGCGCACAUGAAACCUUCAGUGAUUAAACCCUUGGCAUUCUGAUCUGUAAAAUGCUAAUAUCAUUAUAAUUAAACUAUGUCCUUGUUUCUGUCACUUAAUCAAACAGAUGGAUAGCGUGGCAGAGGAUGAUAGGAAUCGAAUUGGGUGGGUUUCAGGCGAAGACACUGAGGGCGAGGGCAACACCAUUGUUGGCUUUGAACAAAUGAUGAUGGAGAUUGCUCACAUUCAUUAGAAGAUUAAUCGCUUUACUCAGCUGGUAGUUUUGCUCUACCCUGUCUUUUCGUGAAAAGAUCAGUUGAGGGGAAAAGUGAAAUGUGGAGAGUCCAAAAUUUCAAAAGAACCAGAAAAAUAUAUAAAGGAAAACAGUCCUAUUUGCUUAGGCAUGGUGUAAUUCUAGAAGUAAAAGUUUGAAAGAUCACCUUCCUUGAUUGCAAGUAAUUAUGGUGGGCCUGGUUUCAGUUUGUCUGAAUAUAAAUUCUGUGCUGGAUUUCAUUUUUACCUGAUGAAGGUGUUUGAGCUGCUGGAAUCAGGGAAGUUAAUGCUGAAGGAUCUUAGUCGUGAAUUUGAAGAAAGAUUAAUUGUGUGCGUCAUUGGAAAAAAUCCACAAGGAACAUAUAUGGAUAAGUGGGAGGAGGAGAUUCAGGAACUAUGGUUGCUUGGUGCCUCAAAUAAGGAGACCAUUGCUGUUUAGCACAAUGCUAGAUGUCUACUUCACAAUUUUCCUGGUCAAUCUUGAAGCUAGGUGGCAUCAACAGGCACCCUUAGUAUCAGUUUCAUUUAGUUUUUGAGCAUUAGGAUGCUGGUUUCAUCAUUCUAUGUGGCAGGUUGGGGACAUUGGUUCUGCAUUUACGGGGUUUGGUUAUAGAGAUAUGAGGUUGUAUGUAAAACCAUUGAGAACAGCUUUUGAUCGGCCUUGGCACCACUGAAAUCAAGCUGAUAGAGUUGACAGCUUGCAGCCUGUGCUCCAGUUUCACUUUUUACUCUGAAUUCCAGUAAAUAAAGGUCAUGAAUUUUGUAUCUAAGAGGUCUAAUAGGUUUGUGGCAUUCUUCAUUCUCAGUGCUUUGAGCAUUUACUUGCAAUUAGUGAUCAAGUGCUCUAUAUAAUGGUAUUGAAAGAUUGGAAGACAGCACUAUUGUUGCAUUUGUCUCCUUAUUGAUUAUGUUGAAUUGAUGCUAAGCUGUGUGCUAGUUUUUUACCACUUAUAA